AUGAAGCUCACAUCUUCUUCACUCAUCAUCGCUGCUCUUGCUGCAGGUGUCAUCGCAGACCUCCAUACUCAAGGUGUUUGUAUUGACACCCCUGGCGAGGGAGUGGAGGUUUACAACAGAGCCACAACGGAGAAGGCCUGCGAGGCUUAUAAAAACCGAAACACUGGUAACGAACAAUGGGACCAGUGCCCCGAUUGUACAAUACUCAACGAGAAGGAUCUGCUCUACUAUUGCGAGUCUAAAGAGGGCCAUAUCGGAGGAGACGAAUUGAACUAUUACUGUACACAAAACGGCGCGGGAGACAGUGUUGCAUGGUAG